CUUUAAGGGCAGUUGCACGCACUAUUUUUAAUGUGUUGGUAAUUAUAAGAUUUUGGUCCUCACUUAAAAGUAGUAUCUUGCCCUUACUAAAUGAAAACUUAGACCAUGAAAGAAGUUUUAUCUUUUAUAAAUUUUGUUUCAUUGUAAUUUUUAUGAAUCAUUAACUAUACAAUCAUACUUCAUAUUAAUGUACCGUCGUCUCCAUUAAAAACUUAAAAAUAUUAAAACCCUUUGUAUAUAAAUCGGUAUAGCUUUUGUAAUAUCUCAAUUUUUACUUAAUGAUAACAAUGAUGUCAUUAUUUUAUUGCCUAUAGAUUGAUGUAUUUCUUCAUUCGUCCCUGUCUAGAGUCUUGCUCGAGCCGAGUUGUAGGAUUGAUAAUUGUUACAAUUGGUAUGUCAUGUAAUGAGCGAGUAAUUCACUUUAUUUAAUAAAAUAUUGUUUUGCUCGCAUAUGCGAUUUUUUAUUUUGCAUAUGCUUGUGUUGCUUUUUAUUUUUUUCCUUUCUAAAAUUGCAUAUGCUUUUGUAGACAAAUAUUUUGAGGAACGUUGAGAGUGAGUGUUCGAUGAAAUGCGUCCUUAUUUGUUUCGUACCACAUCUGAGAUUGUAUCACUAGCACGUUCGGGCAGAAUUUGCCACGCGCGCAAAUUGUUCGAUGAAAUGCAUGAACGAGAUUCAGUAGCUUGGAAUGCCAUGUUAGCUGCUUAUUCCCACCUUGGGCUUUACCAACAAUCUCUUAGUCUAUUUGAUAGCAUGAGAAUCUCCGAUUUCAAACCUGAUAACUUCUCUUAUUCUGCAGCCAUAAAUUCAUGUGCCGGUGCAUCUGAUUUUCGUUUUGGAACAAAAGUUCAUGCUUUGGUUGUUGUUUCAGGGUACCAAUCUUCUCUUCCGGUCGCUAACUCGCUGAUUGAUCUGUAUGGCAAGUGUUUCAAUCCAAAUGAUGCAAGAAAAGUGUUUAAUGAGCUGGCUUAUAGUAAUGAAGUGACUUGGUGUUCACUUCUGUUUGCUUAUGCAAACUCUAGUAGGUUUGAUGUGGCUUUUGAAUUGUUUCGUAGCAUGCCUAAAAGGGUUGAAAUUGCUUGGAAUAUAAUGAUUUCCGGUCAUGCUCGUUGUGGUGAAGUUGAGGCAUGCUUGGAUUUAUUUAAAGAGAUGUGUGAGAGUUUGUAUCAACCAGACCAAUGGACUUUCAGUGCUAUCAUGAAUGCUUGUGCCGAGUCGAUGGAAUUGUUAUACGGAUGCAUGAUGCACUGUUUUGUGAUUAAAUCUGGUUGGAGCACUGCUUUGGAGGUAAAGAACUCGAUUGUAAGCUUUUAUGCUAAAUUAGAAUGUCAUGGUGAUGCUGUGCAGGUGUUUAACUCUGGUGGUGCUUUUAAUCAAGUGUCUUGGAAUGCAAUCAUUGAUGCCCAUAUGAAAGUUGGGGAUACCCAGAAAGCUCUUCUUGCUUUUCAACAAGCCCCUGAGAAAAAUAUUGUAUCUUGGACUUCUAUGAUUGUCGGGUAUACGCGAAAUGGGAAUGGAGAUUUAGCUUUAAGUUUGUUUUUAGACAUGACAAGGAGCUCUUUCCAGCUUGAUGAUUUAGUAGCUGGAGCAGUCCUUCAUGCUUGUGCUAGCUUAGCAAUCUUAGUUCAUGGAAAAAUGGUCCACAGUUGCAUAAUUCAUCUUGGUUUAGACAAGUAUUUAUUUGUUGGCAAUAGUUUGAUUAAUAUGUAUGCUAAAUGUGGGGACAUAGAAGGUUCGAGGCUCGCAUUUCGUGGCAUUAAUGACAAGGACCUUGUUUCUUGGAAUUCAAUGUUGUUUGCAUUUGGACUACAUGGGAAGGGCGAUGAAGCAGUAUGCUUGUUCAGAGAAAUGGUGGCAUCUGGUGUAAGACCUGAUGAAGUAACCUUCACAGGGUUGCUAAUGACUUGCAGCCACUCAGGACUUGUAGAUAAGGGCUUUGCUUUCUUUCAAUCAAUGAGUUUGGAAUUUGGGCUUGUUCAGGGAAUGGAUCAUGUGGCAUGCAUGGUGGAUAUGCUUGGCCGAGGCGGAUAUGUGGCUGAAGCGCAAAGUUUAGCUCAGAAGUAUUCAAAGACAAGUAGAGAUAGGACCAAUUCAUCUGAGAUUCUACUCGGAGCAUGUUAUACACAUGGAGAUUUAGGAACAGGUAGUUAUGUGGGAGAAUAUCUAAAGAACUUUGAGGCUAAAAAAGAGGUUGGUUAUGUAUUGUUGUCAAAUAUGUAUUGUGCAAGUGGGAAGUGGAAGGAAGCAGAGAUAGUAAGAAAGGAAAUGAUGGAUCAAGGGGUGAAGAAAAUGCCUGGUUGUAGUUGGAUUGAGAUAAGAAACGUGGUGACUGCAUUUGUAUCAGGAAAUAACAAUUCAUAUCCUUGCAUGGCUGAUGUAUCUAAGAUACUAUACUUCCUUGAAUUAGAAAUGAGACACACAUAGCCUAUUAAUUUUGAUAGUGGGUGAACUUUUAUAAAUCAGAGAAGGAUAUGUGAAAUAACUUGAUAAGCAAUUUUUUGAGGUCUAUACUAUGGUGCUAGGAAACCGAAAAUUAUUGAGAAAGACCGGCAAUUCUACCAUUUUUAAAUUACCUGUAUUCUCUAAAGUACUGCAACAAUGCACCCACUGUAUAGGUGUACUCAAAUUUAACUGUUUUACAUUAACUGUAUAUUUGUCUGUGCAGCCAUUGAUAUGUUCCUUAUACUAUAAUUGAUUAUUUUACUAAAA